UCUGCAAGCGUUGUCUAAAUUUAGAGGAAACCAGAAGCGCCCAGCCCAGGAAAGGCCAGGCCAAAACUAAACAAGACGCACUCGUAAAUCAGGCAGCCCAGCCGGAGAAGACCAAGAUGGACAUAGAAUCCGAUUCGGACACCUCGGAGAGAUGGGAGGACUUUUUUGGCAGCACCACAGAGCUGGCACCUUCUCUGCUGGGCAUCUACGACACAUUGACGAAUAGCUUGGCCGCGGGGGGCGUGGCAGGGGCUCCCACAGCGACAUCUCACGAAUCGAAGGCUUCCAGCAGCGGCGAUUCGACGCCCAAAAGAAGCAACAGCAACUGCAGCAGCAGCAGCAACAGCAGCAAUAGCAGCUGCUCGAGUGUCCCCACCAGCGAUGACCAGACCGGCGGCUACACGCUAGCCAGUUCCAGCUCCCACUUGGGCCACCUGGGCCACUUGGGCCACCAGGAGCCAGCGGCGCCACUGGUGGUUGCGGGAUUGCGGGACGAACCGGAUGGCGCUCAGUUGAGCCGACUGGUGGUGCAGCGACGCCAGGAGUCGCAGAUCCACGGAAGCAGCAGCAGUCUAACUUCCACAACCAGUAGUCGCCGGGGCAGCAACAUCCGCAUCCUCUCACCGAAUGUCCAUCGGAUCAUCACGCACUCGGAUAUACAGCCAGUGGAAGCAGUGUCUGCGGAGGCACUGAAACAGCACCAACAGCAAUCCCAAAGGAGUCCCACCCAGGGAAGGUACAUAAAGACCGGGAACAGUGGGUCAUCCCCGGCGAGUGGAGGAUCCACGCCCAAACUGAAACUAUCGCACAUACCCCUGUCCAAGAUCACCGGCAAGUUGUCCACCCAAUCGGGCAGCGAACUGGUGUCCACCUUCGAUUCCAGCAACGAGUAUCUGCACUCACUGGCCUUUGCCGCCACCGAGAAAUUGAGAUCCCAGGACGAGGAUCGCACGCCCACCAAUAAAUCCGUACCAGGCACUCCCUUCCACUUCGAUGGGCAUCCGUUCCAGACGCGCAAACUAACCCUGCCGAGGUACGAUUCCCAGCAGAGCAUCAAGCUGAUCGAGAUGGAGCAACUGGCGGCCACCAGUGCCCAACUGCAGCAUGCUCAGCCCGCCACGCCUGGAACGCCGGCCACGCCCAAGCCCUCCUCCAAUCCACCCAAACCCAAGGAGUUUGUGUGCAGUGAGCCACUGAGUCCGGUGGAUAUGGUGGAUACCAUUAACUUUGACCUGGUGGCGCAGCACAUGGAGAGAUUGACGCUGGCGGAUCCGGGUGGACUGGAUCCGCGGGCGGAGCUCAUCGAGGCGGUGAACAAGACCCUGGUCAGUAAGCCACUGGUGAGGAGCUCCUCCGCCGCCUGUGCCUCCACCAUCUGCAGUUCUCCUCUAUUAACCUAUGCCCGCACCAAGAGUUUGGGCGCCAAGGCCAGCACCUUGGGUGGCGGGGUGCCCCUGAAGCUGCCCACUGCCGAGCAACUGGCCGAGUUGGAGGAGGCCAACAAGCUGUCGGCGGAGAGUCUGGACAGGCUCACGGAUAUCAAGCCGAAGUUUGCAGCCCGCUUGAGUGAGCUGGCCAGGCUCAACAAUCGCCCGCUGUCCUCCUCCUCCAUUUGCUCCACCUCCUCCAGUUCGAGUUCCGGAUCGGAUCAGCUGCUCAAUGGCAAGCUGACGGCCACCUCCUAUCUGGCCAGUGUGGAGAGUCUGGCGGAGAGCGAGAAUGAGCUGGGCGAUCCACACCAUCCGCCCGCCUUGAGUGUCCUGGAGAAGACCUGCCUGGAGAUCGUGGACUCGGAGCGGAGCUUCGUCGAGGAUCUGGGUCAGGUGAUCAAGGGGUACCUGCUCGACUGGAAGGAGCGCGCCUGUCUCCGCGUGGACGAAUUGCAAAUACUCUUUGCCAACAUUGAAGAGAUUUACGAAUUCAACUCGAUGCUUUUGCAGCGGCUUAUCAACACGGGAAGGGAUCCCGGGAGGAUCGCCAGGUGCUUCAUCGACUUGCGCGAUGGCUUUGAUGUGUACACAACCUACUGCACAAGCUACCCGGAAGCCAUCUCGCUGCUGACCAAGUUGCUGCAGGCCACGCACACCUACUCCUUGCUGGCCUCCACGCAGAAGCUCCUCCAGCACCGCCUGCCCCUGGGAUCCUAUCUCCUGAAGCCGGUGCAGCGCAUCCUCAAGUACCAUCUGCUCCUGGACAGCCUGCGCAAACACAGCGAUUUGAAGGAGGUGGCCGAGGCCCAUGUGAUCAUGCGCCAGGUGGCGUACCACAUCGACCAGGUGAAGCGCAAGCAGGAGCAGCAGAGUCGCGUCAAGGAGCUGUCCGGCAUUCUGGACGGCUGGCUGGGACCAGAGCUCACUGUUCUGGGUGAACUGCGUCAGGAGGGCCUGCUGAUGGAUCAGCACAACAAACAGCGACUCGUUCUCCUCUUCGCCACCAUGCUGAUCAUUACCAAGCAGAAGGAGGACGGACGUCUGCAGUUCAAGACCUACAUUUCGCAAAACAAUCUGAUGCUGAGCGAACACUUGCCCGGGGAGCCGAGCAGUUUCUAUGUCAUCCCCUUCGACGAGCCGCGGCACCAAAUCAAACUGACGGCCAGGAAUCGUGACCAGAAGCGCAUCUGGACGCAGCACAUCAAAGGUGUCAUGCUGGAGAAGCUAGACAUUCCGAUGCGCGCCAAGGAGCUGGUCUUUAAGCUGGGCGAUGAGGAAGAUCGGACCCCAGAUCGCAGCACUUGGAAGUGGAGUCUCCACUCGGCGAGUAACUCCACGCCCAUCUAUCUGGAGCGGAGAAAUGCCUGCAGGAGGAGCGAGAUACGCCAACGGAACUCAAAAUUCAAGCGGAAGACGGUGGCCAACUCGAGCUCCUUUGACAGCUUCAACGAGUCCCUGGAGCAGGAGGAGGAAUCGGUUAGCCAGGUGAAGCCCUCGAAGCCACUGGCCAGAAAUAAUAGUCUGGACGAUACGGCCUUGCAGAAGCUCGCUGCUGCCAUGAGAUACCGAAAAAGAGAUGCAGGGGGAAAGGAAGAGGCCAAGACUCCGGCGAAAGAAGCUUGUAAAUGCGGCCAGGAUGUGAAGCAGGAGGAUCAGCCGUGCUCCUGCAUUUUGCGGGAUCAGCGCAGUCGCAGUGCCAAGUCGCAAUCCCCCGUCUUCAGUUACAAAGCUCUCAAGGAGCGUAGUAAGUCGGUUCCUCGGAUCGGAGGCUUCAGCUUGGACGAGGAGGCGGAAAGGGAGCGGGAACAGGACGAGGAUAGUACCGCCUCCCUGCGCGGCAGUAAACCCGAUCUCAGCGAGCGCAAGACCAAGGGAAAAGGCUUCUUCGAGGUCAAGCAAUACAACCACAAGACGAUGCCCAAGAAGAUUGCCACCAUGAAGAAGCAACGUGGUAGCACCACCAAGAGCUGCUCCAGGUUCUACAUGGAUCUCAGCGAGUUCGAUAGCAGCAGUGCCACUGUACUCAAGAUAACCGAAUCCACGGAGGAGCUGCGACCAGAUGGGGAGAUUGAAAUGGCCCAGGAGGCCUCCACGUUGGAUGAAACCUUGCCGGAUCAGUAUUACCACCCAGACCAGGAGACGGAUCUGCUGUCUCCAGCGGAGAAGUCCAAGCGGGAUGCCCAGAUCGUUUUGGAUUUGCUCAAAAACAACAAGGAGUUUGAGCGGAUCUACAACAAGCAGCAGAAAAGGCGCGAAAGUCCUGUGAGUCCCGUGAGUCCGGAUAUAUGUCGUGGGCCCAUCCUGCCGCCGCCACGCCCACCAUCGCGAUCUCCGCCGCCCCUGGAAUUGGAGGAGCAGCAACAGCAGCAGCAGCAGCAGAGGAAGCGCGAGGAGGAGGUGGACUCAGUGGGGGAGGAGCCCAUCUACGAGACCCUGCUGCGCAAUGUCCAUGUGCCUUACAAGUUCUCACCAGUGCUGGGACGCGCCAAGUCCUCGCAGAUGCUGAAGAAGCGAUCGAAGACCAGCCCAUCGGCUCCUCGCCCCGAAUCGGAUUAUGUGACCCUGGUCUACUCGCCCGACGGAGUGCUGCAACGCGUGGGCGAGGAGGCAGUGCAGCGGGACAGCUGCAGUUCCUCCUCCACCUCGACAUCCUCCACCGGAUCGGGCUCCACGCUGAAACGAGACAGCCAGAGCACGGUGAUCAAUAUGUCGAUGGAGGCAAUCCAAGAGCACGGAUCACGUCCCCUGCCAAAGAACCUAGUUUCGGGAUCGGAGAGUUCGCUGCUGCCACGCGCCCUCAAGUCCAUAGACAACCUGAGCAUGGCCUUCGGUCGCUCCAAUCGUCCUCCAGAGCGAAGGGUAUCCGAUGUCAGCGAGAUGUGCCGCCAGAGCGUGCUGCAUCGCCAGGGAAGCGAGGCGGUGGGCGAGCGGAUGGCCCACGUGGACUAUGCCGAUCCCAAGACGCUGUUCGGACUGGGGGUGCUCAAUCACUCGGAGCGGGACUCUGUCUUCUCGCUGACCUCCUCCUCCAGCGACAGCAUGUGCGAGCAGCAGCGUAAGAGAUCCGGAGUGGAUCCACCAACCAACAGCUUCGAGUAUGAGCGGCAGGUGGAGGAUAGUUUGGAGAAUGACUUCCGGGACUCGGCCAUCUACAGUGAUGACAACGAGAAGCGGUCCGGUGACUAUGAAGUGCAAUUGCGCCGGCCCAGCAGUCCGCCUCCGCCGCCACCGCCCCUGGGACCACGCCCCCAUCAGCACCCACAGAUUGCCCCGAAGCCUUCGAAGGAUGUGCUGAUCCAGCAGCGGGCCGGCGUCAUCGUCUGCCAGUCGGCCUCCCGCAGUUGGGUCCUUCAGCAGAUCGAGAACUUCAACAAGUAGGAUCCUUGCGAUCCAAAGACGAGCCGUUGUAAACGACCCAUUGCCAUAAACACAAUUCCUUUGUAAUUUCUACAUGUACAUAGUUGUAAGUGUUCGAUACACACUUCGUAUGCAAUGCUAAUCUUAGAUACCAUUAGUCGACUGUUUUAUAUUUAGAGCUUAGUUGCAUAACCGCAGAGUCAUUUAAUAAAGUUUGUAAUCACCUGAAA